AUGCCAAGAACCCAACCCGCCGUACCAAAGGGAUGGGACGGACAUGCCAUUUACCUCCAUGCCCCUUCAUACUCAAAGAAGCUCUCCCGUGAGAAGCUCAUGACAGUCGUAUUCCCAAAAUUCCAUUUGGACCCCAAUGUACCAAUUUACAAACCUAGUGGACCAUACACCAAUGUCAAGAUUACCCCAGUCACAGACUCUGCUCAUCCAGCGUUUGGGCAACAUGCUCUCUGUGCUAACCAGCAGCUCCCCCCAGACUCGUUCAUCCUGCCAUAUCUAGGCUAUGUUCACGAUCAGACUGAUACCAAUGAAACAUCCGACUACGACCUCUCACUAGACAGAGAACUCGGUAUCGGCGUCGAUGCGUCGGUGAUGGGCAACGAAGCCCGCUUCAUCAACGACUACCGAGGAGUCUCGUCCGCGCCCAAUGCCGAGUUUCGCGAUAUACAUGUGGACUGCGGAAACGGCAAGGUGGAGAAGCGAGUCGGCGUGUUCGUCCUCAGUGCUGGCAAAAGUGGCAAAAGGGCAAAGGGCAUUGCCCGUGGUCAGGAAAUUGUCAUCAGCUAUGGCAAAGGUUUCUGGUUGGAGCGACAGGCAACCGAAGAGUGA